AACAGCUCGACAGCAGUGCUUCAUGACUCUUCAUCUAGACAAACAUCAAACAAAGCAGUUCUUUAAUUAUUUCAGCAAUCAAUUGGCUGAUUACGGAAUGCAUUUCAAGCUAAGCGCCGAACAACGGAGCAGAUUGGAACAGAUGUCUUUUUGAAUUUGAAUUUAUUUGGAUGUAACAUUCUUUGCUUAAAGGAUAACCUCCAGAGGUGCAUAAAUGAUGAUCGGCUGAGUUGAGGAGACAGCUGCACAAGAAUCUCUCCCGCUUCGCGUUUUAUUUUUAAGUGCGUCCCCCUGUGGAAUCACUGUAACGUUGUUCCGAAUGCCAUCUGUAUGAUGAGUCUUGGGCUAUGGCCAGCGAACCCCUUGAAGGCUUCCAUGAAGUUAACCUAGCUUCACCCACCACUCCCGACCUGCAUGGCUUAGCGGAGACCCGAGCCCUCAAACACAGCUCCUCGCCCAACGUCCUGUACCGCACCCCCCCCUCUGUGAGCGCCGGCCCCUGCCCGCCCAGCGCCCUGCGCGCUGACCAGCUGCCCACUCAGCCCGUGUACUCUGCCCCCAGGCACCUGGGCAGCGAGGAGCCCCACAAUGGCAGUGUCCCAGGGGCGGACGCUCCGUUCUCCCAUGGUGCCCGGCUGGAGGCCGACUUCCAGGAGGGGGUAUCGGGAGGGCCGGGCGGCGAGGACAGCGUGGAGACUCUGGGCCUCAGCACCGACAGCCUGUCCCACCUCAGGAGCCCCUCGGUCAUGGAAGUAAGAGAGAAAGGGUAUGAGAGGUUGAAGGAGGAGCUUGCUAAAGCCCAAAGGGAACUUAAGUUAAAAGACGAAGAAUGUGAAAGACUAUCUAAAGUAAGGGACCAACUUGGGCAAGAACUGGAAGAACUCACAGCUAGCCUGUUUGAGCUGUGUCUUAAAGGGACUGACAGGCUUUGUUUUGGGGGUGGACUUUCAGAAGGGCUUGGCUUGCUUGGGACGUUGGUUGAGGUUGGUUUAGAGGAGGCCCACAAGAUGGUGAGAGAGGCCAACGUGAAACAGUGUGCCGCAGAGAAGCAGCUGAAGGAGGCUCAUGGGAAGAUUGAUGUGCUGCAGGCAGAGGUAGCAGCUCUGAAGACCCUGGUGUUGUCCACCUCCCCCACCUCUCCCAGUAAGGACCUGCCCCCGGGCCCCAGAGCCCCUUUCAAGAAGGGCCACGCCCGGAACAAGAGCACCAGCAGUGCCAUGGUGGGCAGUCAGCAAGAGUUCAGCGCCACUCAGCCCAUUGUCAGGGACUGCAGAGAGGUGGACACUCUGCUUUUCAGCGAGUUCAAGGCAUGGAGAGAAGAGCCCACUCUUGAGAGGUCUUGUUCCUUUUUGGAUCGGAUCUACAGAGAAGACAUCUACCCCUGCUUGACUUUCUCAAAAAGUGAGCUGGCGUCGGCCAUCUUGGAGGCGGUGGAGAAGAACACGCUGAGUGUGGAGCCGGUGGGCUUCCAGCCGCUGCCUGUGGUCAAGGCCUCAGCCGUGGAGUGUGGGGGACCGAAAAAGUGUGCACUCAGUGGCCAGACCAAAACCUGCAAGCACAGAAUCAAGUUUGGCGACUCCAGCAACUACUACUAUGUGUCGCCCUUCUGUCGGUACAGGAUCACCUCUGUCUGCAACUUCUUCACCUAUAUCCGGUACAUCCAUCAAGGACUCGUCAAACAGCAAGACGCUGAACAGAUGUUUUGGGAAGUUAUGCAGCUGCGGAAAGAAAUGUCUUUUGCAAAACUGGGGUAUUACAGGGAUGAGCUGUGACUGUGAAGAGCAGGGAUUUGAACGUUUCUUUCAACGAGGCACAUCUCUAAAGGCAGGAGGACUCUUUUCAGUGAUCCUCAAUACCACAGACUGGCUGCAAGACAUUUCACCCUCCUCGACCUGUCCACCCUGUAUUUCAAGUACUGUGUUCUCAAUACACCCAAUAUGUCGCAGCUGAACAAAUUGCAUUGGGCUUUUUUUCUGGCGAACUAAAAAUGAAGGUUUUUGUGUGUUUCGAAAGGCAGAAGGAAGAGCUGCUGAAGAUGUCCGCUCUUUGUUAAUGAAUGCAUUUAUUCAAAGUUUGAUCCUGUUUGCGUUUGUGUUCUCUCCAUUUAUGGAAAAACCUGUACAUGUGAUGCUGAAGUAAGUCCAUGUGGAAUCCAAAGUGAUUCAUACAGUAACAGCAGAACUGCUCCCUCAUAAUAGGCUCAUAGUUCUUAAUACAAACUAGUCGCCAGUCAGUGGCAUCAUAGUUAUGUAUGUAUUGUAUGUAAGUAUAUCUAUAUCAUUGUAUGUUUGAUGUAUCAUUUUACCUUUCUGCACUGGAAUCACAAAAGCUUUCCUUAAUUUGAUUUAGUGCCUUUCUGGAACAUAUUAAAUAAAAUUGUAUACCUCUGAGA